CCAAACGCGAACAGUGUCCCACGUUCUCGGCGUCAACGUGUGACGUCGGGGUCAGGACGUCACAAGCGCGCGCACGCACCGGUCGCGGGCCGGACCGAACUAAAGCGGGCGGUGACGUCACCACGGCCCGACGCACUGGUCCACAGGCCGGCGUGCGUGACGCCGCCGUCGCGUUCUCUCGGCGGCACCGCAAUUUGAAUGCGCGAGGGGAAUGAGUUGGGCCACUGUCCUGCCGGUCGUUCGUCGAAAACCAAAAGUUCCGAGGCGAGUUGGCCAAUUCAGAGCAAGCUUGCGCGUGCACGACCCUUGCUUGCGUCGCGCGGGGGACCUUGCCAGCCGCUUCAUGGGCAGCUGAGCUGCGAGCAUGUCGGUCGCCGCGAGCGCCAAGCUGAACAAGACCGUCAAGCAGCAGUACCUGGACCUCCCCCAGGGAGACGAGGUCCAGGCCACGUACGUCUGGAUCGACGGCUCCGGAGAAGGACUCCGCUCCAAGACGCGCACCCUGGACUGGGAACUCAAAAGCCUCCAAGAUGCUCCCGAGUGGAACUUUGACGGUUCGAGCACCUGCCAGUCCGAAGGCUCCAACAGCGACAUGUUCCUGAUCCCGGUGGCCAUGUUCCGAGAUCCCUUCAGGAAAGACCCCAACAAGCUGGUCCUGUGCGAGGUGCUCAAGUACAACAAACAACCCGCAGAGACCAAUCUUCGAGACGGGUGUCGUCGCAUUAUGAGUUUGGUGGAGAAGGAGCAUCCGUGGUUCGGGAUGGAGCAGGAGUACACGCUGCUGGACUGCGACAGACACCCGUUCGGAUGGCCGCGCAACGGCUUCCCGGGACCCCAAGGUCCCUACUACUGCGGCGUGGGCGCCGACAAAGCGUACGGACGCGACGCGGUGGAAGCUCACUACCGAGCCUGCUUGUACGCCGGCGUGAAAAUCUGCGGCACCAAUGCGGAGGUCAUGCCGGCACAGUGGGAGUUCCAGGUGGGGCCGUGCGAGGGCGUCGCUAUGGGGGACCACCUGUGGAUGGCUCGCUACAUCCUACAUCGAGUGUGCGAAGACUUCGGCUUGAUCGCGUCCUUCGACCCCAAGCCCAUCCCGGGAAACUGGAACGGAGCCGGGUGCCACACCAACUUCAGCACCCAGGACAUGAGGCAGGAAGGAGGACUCAAGGUGAUCGAGGCAGCCAUCGAGCGUCUGGCCAAGCGCCACCACUACCACAUCCGCGCCUACGAUCCCAAGGGCGGUCGAGACAACGCUCGGCGCCUGACCGGUCACCACGAGACCUCCAAAAUUGACCAGUUCUCUGCCGGCCUGGCCGACCGCGGGUCCAGCAUCCGCAUCCCGCAAGCCGUGGGCGAGGAACAAAAGGGCUACUUCGAGGACCGCCGCCCUUCCGCCAACUGCGAUCCGUACAUCGUCACCGAGGCCCUGGUACGAACCUGCCUGUUGAAGGAGGAGGGGGAGGAGCCUGCAGAUUACAGCCAAUGAAUGACGCGACACCCUUGUGAACGCGCGACCCGCCGGCGACGGUUGUGAUGAGACCUUUUCGACUUUCCUAUUUCCUUCCUCGUGGACAUUUUGACUGACUUCUGUUCUUGAAUAAACGUGUUGUCUGCACUU